ACAAUGCCUCCGCGACCAUCCACCCGGCUCUUUGCCACCCCUCCGCGCUUCCUCUGCCCAUCUCUCUCCAUCCCGAUCCAACAGACCCGUUCAAUACGCUCCAUCCUACCCGUCAAAAAGCCCUCCCGCUUCAACCAUGCGCCAUCACUACCCGUCCUAUCAGCCUCUCAAACAGCCGCUUUCGACCGCAAGGAGGCCUCAUUUCCUCUCCGUACUGGCGCUCUCGCGAUCAAGAAAGGAAUGACAGCCAUCUACGACCCUACAACUGCCAAACGAGAAGCCUGCACGGUCCUUCAACUCGACAGAUGUCAAGUCAUCUCACACAAGCUACGGCCUGUACACGGGUACUGGGCAGUGCAGGUUGGCUGUGGCACGAAAGAAGCAAGAAACGUCACAAGACCUGAACGAGGACAUUUCGCUGCACAAGGUGUGCCGAUCAAGAGACAUGUUGCAGAGUUCAGGGUGAAAAAUGAAGCUGGGCUAGCAGAAGUGGGCAGCGUCAUCACAGCAGAUCUCUUCCAGCCGGGACAAUUCAUCGAUGCACGAGCGACAACACGAGGAAUGGGUUUCGCGGGUGGAAUGAAGCGAUGGGGUUUCUCCGGACAGCCUGCUUCGCACGGUAAUUCGCUGACGCAUCGUGCCAUGGGCUCGGCUGGUGCCAGUCAGGGUAGUGGAUCUCGAGUUCUGCCAGGAAAGAAGAUGGCAGGACGCAUGGGAGGCGAGAGACAUACAGUACAAAAUUUGAAGGUCAUGAUGGUGGAUCGCGAGAAUGGGAUUGUGGUUGUCAGUGGUGCGGUGCCGGGGCCGAAGUACUCCAUCGUGAGCAUUCAGGAUGCGUUGAAGAAGCCCUGGCCGACGGUGGAAGGUCAGCCGGGGAUCAAGAUGCCAGAGGUGGUCAUUCGGGAGAAGGUUGCUGAGGCUUGAGGCUUGGUCUGAGAUGGGUUGACCGAUCAGCGAGUAUGGUCCCGUGCACAUUGAAUGCGAGGCAUAGAGCAGAAGCGUUCGAAAUCCCGGGAACAUCCUUUGUCGAGUCUCGACAGCGCGCCUCGAGCCUCCAAACAGUCCGAAGCUGCUGUGGCGCCAGGAUUACAAACCUCUGGCCCGUCCACACGCGCGC